AUGUACUUCUCCCGGACCCCGCGCGACAAGAAGGACGACGCGGGGACGGCCCUGAGCUCUACGAUGGUGUCCACCUCCAGCGCGCCCAGCCGGCGGGUGCGGCCCUGCGGCCUCUGCGCGCGCGAGUUCCUGCUGGAGGCGCUGCCCGGCAGCGCGCCGCGCGAGGCGGUGGCGAGGCUGAGGGCGGAGAGGGAGGGCGUGGCCAGCGGCGCGCUCGCCGGCCAGGCGCCCCCGCCGCACAGCGCCACGCCGCGGCGGCGCCGCGACGCGGCGGAGACGGACCUCCUCCUCGCCGCGGGGGCGCCCGGGCACCAGCCCGCGGGCGCCGCAGACGGCGCGGGGCCCGGCCAGCCGGUGCUACGAGGAGCAGGUACGCCUCUGUGA